AUGAACAUCUUUCUUCGAGCAACCCGUUUUGAGAUAGCAGCUGCCAUGGACCACAUUGGCCCCUGGUUGGUUCCUCACCCUCUCCCUCCCUCUUCCAAUCUCCUAUCAUGGAUCACUGGCCCCUGGUUCCUCCUCAAGCUCUCUUUCCCUCCUACCCUUCCCUUUGCCGCGUCACUCUCCUAUCCCUCUCCCUCACUCUCCUACCCUCUCCUACCCUCUCCUACCCUCUCCAUUCUGUCGUGGAUCACAGGCCCCUGGUUCCUCUCCCUCUUCAUCAACGUGUUUCCAUGGGAAAGUGUGCUGCGUGUGUGGGACGUGAUGCUGUUUGAGGGCAGUCGCUGCAUGCUCUUCCGGGCUUGCCUCGCGCUUCUCGAGCAGCACUCCUUCCUACUGAUGGAAAUCACUGAGACAGGCGAGCUCAUGUCCACCCUGCUGAACUCGGCAGCGUCGGCCUUUGAUGCCAGUCAGCUGGUGCUGAACGCAUGUGUGGGGUACAUGGCUGUGGACGAGGCGUUAUUGGAGACACUGAGGCAGAAGCACCGGCCGGCCAUAAUGAGGCGGCUGGAGGAGAGGCAGGUGGCGCUGCAGCGCUACCAGAGCGGCAAGUCGGAGCGCCUCAAGGCGGAGGCUGCUGCAAUCUUCGAGCGCAUGUCCCUCCACCCCACUGCUGACGGCCGCCCCGUCACCACCAACUCCCUUGACGACUCCAUCCUCCCCUCCCCUUCUGCUGUCGCUGCCUCUGGGUCGGGUCUCCUGCUGGAUCCGCCGUCGCUGCUCCUCCCACCCUCUACUGACAGCCUCGCUACUAACAGUGUUCUUAGUAAUAGCAAGAGCGGUAACAGUAGAAACAGUCAACUACCGCCUCUCCCCACGCAGGGGCGUCAGAAGGGGGUUGUUCAGGGGGACUCCCAGGCAGGCCCAGCAGCCAAUCAGCGCCCUCCACCUGUCCAAUUCAAGCCUGGAGCGAGGCUGUUUCCCCUCCCCCCCAGCCCUCCACUUGCCCGGUCCUCCUCCCUCUCAAGGCUCCACGUGUCAGCUCUCCAUAGGCCCGUUUGGCACCGCUUUGGCAUGCAUUUAGGGUGCAGCCCUGCCGCUAGGAACAUGGUGGCGCUUUUAGCUAAGCAAAUGGAGGAGGAGCAGACGCAGCCCCGGGGGGCGCCGAAGCUGUCGCUGCCGAACCGGGUGGCUCGGGCCGUGGCUGUGUUGUUGGAAGCAGCAGGGGUGGAAGGUGGGAGAGAGGCGAGGGAUAGGAGGGUGAAUGGUGGCCUGGAUAUGCCUAUAGAUGGUUCCUCCUGGCCUGAUGUGAGCUGGCUGGUAGCCACCACCGUCUCCUCAGUCUCUUCAACAAGCAUGCUAGCAGUGGGUGGUGGAUCAGCAGGCAUGCCAACCGGGAUGCUAGCAGGAGCAGCGGGUUCCUUCUCCUUCUCCUCCACCUCUCUCCCCCCCUGGCCUGACCACCGCCGCUCGUCCUCCUCUCACGACCUUGCGGCUCUCAACCGCAGCCCCGCCUCUCCCCCCAUCCCUUUCCUUGCCAACGGUGCUACCGGUGCCUCUGCUGAUGCUGGUGCUACUGGCGAUGAUGGUGGUGCUGGUGACGAGGAUUGCUCCAGAGAGGGAGCAGGUGCAGCAGCGGCGGUGAAACCAGGAGUGGCAGGAGGGGAAGCGAGAGCAGGGGGAGCAGGGGGGGCAGGGGGAGCAGGGGGAGCAGGGGGAGCAGGGGGGGCAGGGGGGGCAGGGGGAGUAGGGGGAGCAACAGCAGCUGUACCAUCAGCUGCUGCUGCAUGGAGCUGGUCCGGAUGGGGUCAAGCAGGGUCUCUGUUCGGUGGGGGAGGAGGAGGGGCAACAUCUGCUGCUGCUGCUGAUGCAGCUGCAGGAGGGGCAGACGGGAUGGUGGGGGAAGGGGAGGGGCAGGUUGGGGACGGUUCAGAGCGGUUGAAGAGGGAUAUGACGGCCAUGCUGGAUCUGCAAGCACAGGUUAGAGUGGGCCCCAGGGCAGGUGGUUUUUCAAGCAGGUGGGUUCCAGGGCAGGUGGUUUUUCAAGCAGGUGGCGUGGCUGAAGGAGCAGCUGGUGGUGUUCACUUUGGAGAGCUAAAAGUGGUGGCGUGGCUCAAGGAGCAGCUAGUGUUCACACUGGAGAGCCACCACGAGUCACAGACGCGGGUGGAGGCUCUUCAAACAGCCAUGGUGGAAAUGGCUCAGAGAGACACACACAUGCAGCUCACAGUGAAGGUGGAGCAAAUGACGAACGAGGUGGAGGUGCUUCGGAGGGAGCUGUCGCAGCAGCAGCAGCGGGCAGCAGUGGUGCUCGAGCAAGCUGUCAUGGACAAGCAGAUUGAGAUGCAGCGCGAGCUGAAUGCGCUGCUGAGGGCAUUGGCGUCAAAGGAGGAGAAGAUGCGGCGGGAUGUGGAGGGGCUGCAUGAUAGGGUGGAGGACAAGGAGAUGGAGAUACAGCGACUCAAGCGGGUGAUUGGUCGUCUGGAGGGGGACAAGAGGGAGCAAGAGGAGAUGAUAGCAGUGGGCAGGCAGCAGGUGGACACACACAAGCGCGUGAUUGAGAUGCUGGUGGAGAAGGGCCAGACGAUGCAGCAGCAGAUGGUGGCCAUGGAGAAGCGAGCACUCACAGCUGAGGGCAUGGCACGGGCCUUUUUGGAGAUCUCAGGGGCAGAGAAGGGCUACACGACGUUUGGGUCCGCAGUGGGGCUUGAAUCCUCCUACCUGCCCUCCGGUGCUGACCUUGAUGCACUCUCCCACUCGCCUCUACCGUCCCCAACCUCGUUAGUAGCAUCCUCGUUAUCAUCAGUGGCAUCGUCGUCAAGUACAGAGCAAUUGUCAUCAGCAGGAACUGUGGAGGGCAAGCCAAACUCAUUACAAGCGUCGUUGUCUGGAGAAGGGAAGGGUGGCAGCAGACCUGCUGUGCCGAACACUACUGCUACACCUACUGUAUAA